GUCAUUGGAUUUUCAUUGAUUCUGUGGUUACCACCUAUUAUCAAUCGCUACAUUAAAAUAUAAAAUCUAUCCGGAAUGAUAAAAAUCUUUUGAUUAGUGGAGUUCCUAUUGAAAAAAAUUGCAUUCAAACAACGAAAAUGUCUGGAUUUGAUGAAAACCCUUUUGGCGAUCCUACUAUAGAUAAUCCAUUUGCAGAUCCUUCAGUUCAGCAGGUGACUCAAAAUGCAAGCGCCGGCCUUAGAAUUGACGAUUACAAUCCCUUUGACAAACAAGGCCAAAAGACGACAGGAGGACAGGUAGCAGGUCCUAAUGUUGGGCCAGCUGUCAUGCAACCUACUCAAGAAUUGCCAUCUUAUACUAAAACUGGACAAACAUACAUUAAACCUGCCUUGAAUACUGAGGAGUUGCAGAGACGCCAAGAAGAAUUGGAAAGAAAAGAGCAAGAAUUGAAAAGACGUGAAGAAGAAAUGCUCAGGUCACAACAAUACAAUGUACGAAGAAAUAACUGGCCACCAGUACCUGAACAAUGCUGUUUUCAACCUUGUUUUUAUCAAGAUAUUGAAGUAGAUAUUCCUGAGGUGUUUCAGAAAAUUGUCUACCAACUUUAUCAUCUGUGGAUGUUUCAUGGAAUUGUAAUGUUGCUAAAUGUUUUGGGUGGUAUAGUUCUACUCGAUUUUCAAGUUGUAGCCCUUGGAAUAUUUUAUGUGAUCCUGUUUGCACCGUUUUCUUAUCUGUGUUGGUUCAGACCUGCUUACAAAGCAUUUCGUUCAGAUUCAUCGUUCAACUUCAUGGUGUUUUUUUUCAUAUUCUUUUUUCAAUUCCUCAUCACUCUCUGCCAAGCAAUUGGAAUACCUGGUACAAUAGGACUAAUAACGGCGUUUUCCACUUUCGGUGAUUCUGUGAGCAGUAUCUUCAAGGGAAUUCUAGCAUUGAUUAUUGCCGUUAGUUUUGGAAUUGCCGCUGCUGGAGAUUUAUUUUUGAUUACCAAGAUACACCGCAUCUACAAAAGCUCUGGGGCUAGUUUGGCAAAGGCCCAAGAAGAAUUCAAGUCUGAGUUUUUGAGUAAUCAACAUGUUAGAGGAGUUGCCACUAAUGUUGCUGCAGCCGCUGUGCAAUCCCAGUUUAAUCAAAGAACUAAUAAUACUAGAUAUUAGGUUAUUUUUCCCUAAAGUAUUUAUUCGAAGUGUUUAUUUAAUUUCUGUAAUAAUUGUUACUUACUCUGUAUAUUUCGUUUUCAUCUAGGUUAUUUAUCAUAGGUUUUCGAUACCAAAUGUGAUGUGUGAUUUAAGAUCUUCAUGACAGAUUACGAAUUUACAAUGUCGUUUUGAAAUUUUCAAACACAUUCCAGAAAAAUUGACUUGUCAUUCAAUUUAUAAUAUUUGUUAGCAUUCAAUCCUAGAUAAUUUUUUUUUUUGGAAAUUCCUUCCAUAAAAAUGUUAAUAUCGCUGGCAUUGAUUAUUAAAGGUGAAGUUUCAAUUA